CGACAAGCGUUCGUCGUUGCUGCACGCAUGCGCGAUCUCCUCUCAUUGGCCGAUUUGAAUUUCGGAUCCGAACGUUCUAACCGACCGGCCAAUCGCGUUCGAUCGUUUGAUUUCUUUUCGCGUCCACUUUUUGCAUGUACGUGAUAUUCCGUUAAGUGCCCUGUGCUUGUGACAUUUGAAGACAGUGAAUAAACGACUUAUUGUUCUAUGACAGAAGGUCGGAUGUUUUCUCACGUUUUCUGAUGUAAAUAAACAACGCAAGAAAACAGGCCACCCGAGCGGAUUAUUGACCUAGUCACGAACGGUCACCGGAACCAUUAUGCCUUAUACAUCCAACACUAUCUGAGCGGACCUGACCAGCAUUGCGAACGGGAAGCACCGUUAAUUAUGCCAAACUAUUAGCAACCACAAUGAUGGAAGAAAUUACGCCUCGUCCCAGUGUCGAAUACAUUCCUCCUUUACCCCCAAAGGUGAAGCAAAGAGGAUCGACCACUUAUACACAAAUAACUAGUGACGAAGCUACAAUGAACACAAACGGGUUCACCGCUACUGACGUCCGGAUGGACUCACUAAGUUCGAUGCACUCACUCGUCCUUAAUUCUAAGACACCAUCUGCAACGGUAUUUGUAGCGGCGACCCAGUCAGAUCGACCCGCGAGUACGCCUAGCUCGGACGCUCUCAACGGUCCUCACGUGGUCACAAUCAGAAUAAACACCGACGCAGACAAACCUAAAGCACCAAAAAUAUCAAGCGUACACCUCAAAAGCGACGUUGACUUCGAAUCCUUCAAGAUAAAUGACGUUUGUAAGAAAAACAACAGCCUAGUGAGACUUAACGUUGACGAAAAUAGACCGAAAAUUAUAGAACACGAAGAAAUCCUGAAAACGGAUAAAGCGCCAUACAUUUAUUGUAAUUCGUUUGUCAACUCGAUGACUAAUAUGGUUAUGUCAAGCGGGCAGUGCUCUCCCAGUGAUACUUUGGACUCCGGAACCUGCAGCGACCUUGACGGCACUCCACCACCUCUACCUAAAAAGAAGACUUCUAAAACUAGUUCAAUAAAGAAAGCCGUAUCUGUAACGCUUAUCGGUUCGAGAAAUGGGAGUAGUCAAAGUGAAGUAGAUUUUGAAGACAACGAUUCAAAUAUAUCAUGCGACUCUCUGAACAGUAGCGAGUUAAACGUAAGCGUGCACGCUGAUGAAAGUCAUAACGAAUAUAGUAAAAAAGAAAAGAAAGAGAGUGCAGAAUCACCCGACGCGCCGGAGACGUUCGCCAAAGUGAACAAUAAAGACACUAGCUUUCUACCGCAGGGUCUGCUGCAAGACAUAAGAGACCGUUCAGCGAAACUAAAUACGGUCGAAACUGAAAGCGAGCCGAAGCCCGAGCCGCACGAGGAAGCGAACCAGAAUAUUAAUGAGGAUGCUAAUAUUUCAAAAGAAAGCGCACAGCUCACAUCGUUCCGUCUAGUUUCUCAGUAUAAUAACGAGUGUAAGAACACAACGGAGUCGCUGCCCGCGAACUUGUGCUCUAAAACGCCGCUGAUUAGUGAGAGCACAUACGAGGAGCGAAAGCAACAGGAUAAAAUGAAACAAGAGCAAAUGUUUUACAGCAGCCAUUACUUUGACACGGACAAGUUUUACGAUUUCCAUCUGAACGAAAAACAAUUUGAUGAUGUGAAAAGUGUUAGUGUUGGUGCUAAAAGUGAGUGUGAAGUGUCUGAGUUGGAAUACUUUGCUGGUGUCAAGGAUUAUAAAAACGAGGAGAUGCCAUCAACAAUAAAAAGUUCGAAAGGAACAAUAAGGGGCGUGAAAAACCGCGUACGGGCGGGCAUAGCAACGUUUUUGCAAAUGCAGAACACGACAAAGAGUUACAAAGAAAAAGACGCGGGCAAGGUGGUAGUCUACACGACGACGAUGGGCAUCGUCAGGAGUACCUACCAACGCUGUGUCCUUGUGAAGAAGAUCCUCAGGAACUUACUGGUGAAGUACGAAGAACGGGAUGUCUUCAUGAGCACGGAGUACCAGGACGAGAUCCGGGACAGGAUGAGGAGCGACCAGAUCUUAGUCCCGCAGCUGUUCCUCGAUGGACAGCAUAUUGGGGACGCAGAUACCGUCGAGAAGCUGAACGAAAGUGGAGAACUUAGGAAGAUGUUGAAACCUUAUAAGAGUCCAGAUGCGUGUAACACCUGCCAAAUGUGUGGUGGAUUCCGUCUCCUGCCCUGCAGGAUCUGCAAUGGAUCCAAGAAGAGCCUCCACAGGAACCAUUUCACAGCGGAAUUCGUGGCUCUUAAGUGCAUGAAUUGUGAUGAAGUGGGCCUAGUUAGAUGCGAGGCCUGUUGCUAAAGAAAUACAAAAU